AAGGAAAGAGGGGUGGGCAGUCUAAAAGUAGUUAGGAUGGUGGUCUUUCUGUUAGGAAAGUGUUGAGAGUUACCACCAACGCCAUGAGACUAGUGCAUCGAUUCUUUGGAUUUACAAGAUCUACACGAAAAACCUCAAAAGUUCACAGGGAACACUAGAGAACUGAUAUCGGAAGCGGUCUUGCUGUUUUUGUGUCCUGGAUCAAGCUCUGAGACAAAGGCCCGGCGAGAAACGCAAGAGACUGCAGGAAAUACCCUGAGGACACCAGCAUCUUCUUUUUGCACGAGUAGACUGAAGGAUACCGACAGUUCAAUCUGUUCAUCUGAAAUUUUGGCCCUCAAGUUUUGAGCUUAAUUCGUAUGCUCUUUCGUAUAUAAUACAUGUAUUGAGGCCUGACUUGAAGUUGAAGGCGACUUGUUUGUUGUCCAACGCAUGGGGAGCCUGUUCAGCAUUCAUCGGUGCUGUGGGAGUAUGGUUUUAAGUGCCCUGCUGGAGUGGAUCGCUUUUAUAAAUAGAAGUACUAAAUUAAUUGGCCGUUAUUAUGCAGAGUAAAGUACUUGCCUUCAUGAUAAUACUUACAUCUGGAGCAUGGUGUGCACCUGUGAACGACACACAGGGAUGUGACAUCAAUCACACCGAUGCCAUCUCCAGCCUGGAUUCCAUUCUGAUUAAGUUCACCACGACAGGCAAAGAGUGUGACUUUGGAGUGACGGACACCAACAGCGACUCAAAAAUCACAGAUUGUCAUAAAAGUCUGGGAUCUGAAUAUGAGAAUCGAUGUGAGCUUCAAAGUUUAGAGCCUGGGACCACUUAUCAUCUCAGAAUAGAAUCCAAGACAGAUGGAGCACAAGCGAAUGUGUCAUUUUCCACAAGUCCCUCUGCAGUUGAGGGCCUCAAGGUGUCUCAAUCCUCUGGAAGCCUGGAUGUUUCCUGGUGGCUAGGCCCAGGCAGGGUUGAUGGCAUUCGGGUACUGCUCAUCGAUGGGCAGAACGCCACUUGGAAUGAAACCCUGGAGACCACAGCAACGUCCUACAGAUUCAUAGGACUGAUACCAGGACGCCGGUAUAAUAUCACCGCGGUGACAGAGGCAGGGGGCCAGAGAACGCUGUUCUCUAUGCCUACUCAGACAGUACCUGCCAUGGUCACCAACCUGAGGCUGGAGAGCAGUGGCCUUGAGGACAGUUUGACGGCCUCGUGGGAGCGCCCAGCAGGGGAUUUAGACGGUUACCUGCUGGCCCUGUCUGCCGGCGGGUCUGUCCUCCAGGAGAGGGGCCUCCCCUCCGACGCCACCGAGGCCCUCUUCCAGCAGCUCACCCCAGGCCAGGCCUACAGCCUCUCAGUGUCCACCACCAGCGGAGGGCUCUCCAACCAAACCAGCAUCCUCGGACAGACAACGCCAGCCGGGGUGUCUGAGCUGGCUUUGGGGAGCCUGGCCGACUGCAGUGGUCUGAAGCUGACGUGGGUGCCCCCUGCUGGCGUAUGGGAGCGCUACCGCGUGCUGCUGCUGAAGGGCUCGGAGGUCAUGGUGAACACGACGGUGGAGAAGACAGCAAGGGAGCUCAGCCUGAGUGACCUGGGCCUGGGCCCUGGGAGUGCAGACAGGGUGGCGGUGAUAGUGGAGAGUGGGGACCUCGCCACGGCCAAAUACUGUGAUGGAACAGCCCCUGGUCCCGUCUCUGACCUGCACAUCCGUCACGUGGACGAGACGUCGAUCAGCGCCCUCUGGAGCCACACCCCCGGCCCCAGCCCUCGGAGCGAGUACAAGGUGGAGCUGCUCCACGGCAACACCACCCAGGGGGAGAGGAAAUUGGACGCGGAUAUGAGGGAGUGCACCUUUAAUGUGCUCACCCCUGGACGCUCGUACCAGAUCAACGUGCGGACCGUGAGCGGGGCCCUUUGCAGCUCCGCCUCAGUGACUGGGAGGACGCCUCCUCUGGAAGCGCGUGGCCUGAGCUUGAGUAACCGCGGCGGCGGCAGCGGCACCGACUCUCUGCUGGCCACCUGGACCCUGGCCCUGGGCGACCUGGACUCCUACCGUCUGCUGCUUUCCCACGGCGCCCAGCUGGUCCUGAACGAGAGCGUCCCGGCCAACGCCACCUCCCACCGGCUCAGGGGCCUGACCCCCGGCGCCCCCUACAGGCUGCAGCUCGUCACCCUCAGCGGAGGCCUGGCCUCUAAACCCGCCCUGGCCGAGGGGCGCACAGUGCCCGCUGCCGUUGGCGAUGUCACGGUGAGCAAUAACGGUCGGCCAGACUUCCUCAGCGUAUCAUGGAAACCAGCAUUAGGAGAUGUUGACAGCUACCAGGUACUGCUGAAAUACCGCGAAACAACUGUGCACAGCCUGGUCCUUUCCAAAAGCAGUCAUGAGUGUGUCUUCAACUCCCUGGUGUCGGGCCGGCUGUACACCAUCUCCGUCUCAACGCGCAGUGGCAGCUUUGACAACAUCACCGUAGUUCAGGAGCGGACGCAACCUUCAAGUGUUCAGAACCCAACAGUCACCCACUCCGCUCGCGACAACUUCCUGAAGGUAUACUGGCCCCAUGCUGCGGGAGACUACGAUGGCUACCAGGUGGUCAUCAAGCACAGCAACACGGUCCAGGAGGAGAAGAAACUGAACCGCUCCCAGAACGAGUGCAGUUUCAACUCCCUGGUCUCAGGGCGCUCAUACACAGUCACGGUGGCUACCUGGAGUGGAAACUACGAAAGCAGCGUGUCCACCGACGGAAGGACAUUGCCUGCGGCAGUGCAGUCGUUAGCCCUGGCUGGAAGCAGCAGUGGGGAGCUGUGGGUGACCUGGUCUCCUGCGCUGGGGGAUGUAGACCACUAUGAGGUGCAGCUGCUGUUCAACGACACCCAGGUGUUUCAUCCAGACAAGCUGGGCAGCGACACACACGACCACCGAUUCUCCACUCUCACCCCCGGGCGCCUUUAUAAGAUUGUGGUGUCUACGUUCAGCGGUGACUUCCAGCGUCCUCAACGAAUUCAGGGACGCACAGUGCCCAGCCAGGUGCAAAGCCUCCAGGUGAUGCCAGGGAGCCACAGCGGGUCCCUGAGGGCCGCCUGGGCCCCCGGGGAGGGGGACGUGGACUCGUACACCAUCGCUCUGACGCUGGGAGGUCAGGUGCAGGCCUGGAGGGAACUGCCCAAACAGGUGACGGAGACGGAGUUCCAGAACCUUCUGCCCGGCCAACUGUACAACAUCACGGUGCAGUCUGUCAGCGGAGCGCUGGUUAAUAACAGGACCAGCAGCGGAAGGACCGUCCCGUCUACGGUGACUGCCCUGCAGGCGGACAGGGAGCACACCACCCACAGCUUGACUGUGACGUGGGAGCACCCCACGGGCGUGUACGACGGCUACGUCCUCCAGCUGCUGGACGAGAACAGCGCCGUGGUGACCAACGCCACGCUGCCCGCCGCCAGCUCGAGUCACCUAGUGCCGGGCCUCACGCCGGGCCGCUGGUACCGCGUGCGUCUGCAGACACUCAGCGGGGACACACAGAGCCCUGACGCCAUCGCAGAGGGACAGACACGUCCGGCGGCGGUGAACGGUCUGGCCGUGAGGACCAACACCACUAGGGAGCUGAGCUUCCGCUGGAGCGGCUCCGAGGGCCACGUGGACAGCUACGGCCUCUACCUGUACCGGGAGGACGAGACACUGCAGGACCACAGCAAGGUGGGGCCCGGGGCCCGUGGCUGCACCUUCAGGGGCCUGCAGCCCGGCACGCUCUAUAAGAUCGUGGUGCUGAGCCGAAGCCGGGACAUGACCAACGACUCCUCCAUCUGGGCCCGCACUGUGCCAUCUCCAGUACUGGGCCUGCAGGCAAGGCAUCAGGAGCAGACAGACAGCCUGCACGUGAGCUGGCGGCGUGGGCCGGGAGAACUAAGCGAGCUCCUGGUCUCGCUCUACGGACCGGACGGCACCCAGCAGGCCGAGCAGCGCCUGGGACGGGAGCAGACCGAGCACGUCUUCCAGGGCCUGUUGCCAGGACGACUGUACAACGCCGUGGUGACCUCGCACAGCGGGGAGUUGAGCAACGCGGUGACGGUCGCCGGACGAACAGUCCCGCUGCCUCCAACAUCGCUCCGCUCCAAAUACAUGGACGUCAACAGCACCGUGGAGAUGACCUGGUCGCCCCCGGCGAUGGGCGACUUUGACGACUUUGAGCUGCAGUGGCAGCCUCGUGACCGGCUGUCUGUGCAGAGCGUGAGCACCGUCCAGCGCGCCCUGAGCGGGCUCUACCCCGGCCGCCUGUACAACUUCACCCUGCGCACCGUCAGCGGUAGCGGGGUCACCGGUGGACCCGUGGCUUACAGCCCGACCGCCCUCAUCCCCGUCAGAACCGCUCCAGGGCAGGUGCUGCACAUGCACUGCCGGCCCCAGAGCUCCACGGCGGUGUCCUGCUCCUGGACGCCGCCGGAGGCCGACCACGACGGUUACGAGGUGGACUGCCGGCGCGAAGACACCGGCGAGCGGGUGUACUCCAUGGUGCUCGAGCGAGACGCCACGCAGCACCAGAUCCAGAAGCUGGACCCCCACCGCCACUACGCCGUCUCCGUUCGCGCCAAGGCGGGGGGCCUGAGCAGCCCGCCGGCUAAAGGGAGCGCCGGCACCAUGAUUGACCGUCCCCCGGAGCCUUCGGAGAGCGUGCGCGUGAACGAGCGAGCCGCACGCGUCACCCAGUCCACCAUCUUCUUCAAGUUCAACUGCAGCUGGUUCAGCGACGUUAACGGGGCGGUGCGCCUCUUCACGAUCAUCGUUGCCGAGUCUGACGACAGUGAACUCUUUCAACCGGAGAGGAAACACCCGCUGCCCUCGUACCUGGACUACAAGAUGAACAGCUCAGUCCGGGCGUACCAGACCAACUACUUCUCUAGCCACUGCGCUGACAGCCCCGACACGGCCGGCAAGGUCUUUGAGAUCAACCUGGGAGCCGAGAUGGACACCUUAGGGGGCGCGUGCGAACUGGACCUCGAUAAGAGACACUACCUCAACACCUUCUGCGAUGGGCCUCUCAAGGCCAAGACUGCAUACAGGCUGAGCAUUAGAGCUUUUACACAGCUGUUCGAGGACAACCAGAAGGAGCCUCUCUUUACAGACACUUAUCUGUCUCUGCCCAUCAUGACCCAGCGAGAGCCUUUAGGCGGGAUCAUCGAGGGGCUCAGCGCAGGCAUGUUCCUGACGGGCAUGAUGAUUGCCGUCAUCGCUCUGCUCAUCUACAGGCAGCGAGUCCGCAAAGUAGCGGUGCAGGAAGGGCCUGUGGUCAGGAUGAGUAUGUGGAAAGAGGUGCCAGCCUCAGGGAUCUACAUGGGCGUCCGGAGCAAUCGCCGAGUGACGAGCCCUGUGAAAGCAUCUCACUUUGAGACCCACCUCUCCAAGCUGUUGGCCGACUCUAAUUACCUACUCUCAGAAGAGUUUGAGGACCUGAAAGAUGUGGGGCGAAACCAGCCUCUGGAUGCAGCCCGCUUACCAGAGAACCGUGGCAAGAAUCGAUACAACAAUAUACUACCCUACGACUCCACCAGGGUGAAGCUGUCCUACUUGGAAGACGACCCUUCUUCAGACUUCAUCAACGCCAGCUACAUCCCAGGUCAUAAUUUCCGGCGGGAGUACAUCGCCACGCAGGGGCCGCUCCCGGGUACCAAGGAGGACUUCUGGAGGAUGGUGUGGGAGCAGAAUGUGCACAACAUCGUCAUGGUUACGCAGUGUGUGGAGAAAGGCCGGGUGAAGUGUGACCACUACUGGCCCCAGAACAGAGAGCCGCUGUACUACGGGGAUCUGGUGGUGCAGGUCCUCUCUGAGUCGGUGCUUCCAGAGUGGACCAUCCGUGAGUUCAAGAUCUGCUACGAAGGCCAGCUGGCAUACCCUCGGGUGGUGCGCCACUUCCACUACACGGUCUGGCCUGACCACGGCGUGCCCGAGACCACCCAGUCCCUCAUCCAGUACGUGCGGACCGUGCGAGACUACAUCGAUCGAGUGCCCACCUCUGGGCCCACCGUAGUGCACUGCAGUGCUGGAGUGGGGCGGACGGGCACCUUCAUCGCUCUGGACCGGGCCCUGCAGCAGCUGGACAGCCGUGGGACGGUGGACAUUUACGGCUGCGUCUUCGACCUCCGCCUCCACCGCUCGCACAUGGUCCAAACUGAGUGCCAGUAUGCGUUCCUGCACCAGUGUGUGCGUGACGUCCUUCGCGCCAGGAAGCUGCGCUGCGAGCAGGAGAACCCUCUCUACCCCAUCUAUGAGAACUUCAACCCAGACUACUACAGAGACAUUAUAUACACUGGACACUAAAGGGUGCAAAGGUCUCCGACAUCUUGCUGGAUUUUUUCCCCAGUUAUAUUCAUGGCUGGCAUACUACAGGGAAAUAGCAUUUAUUUUUGUAAGCUAUAUGGUGUUCAUUGGUUCUCAACAAACUUCUCAAGUUUAUUUUUUUUUCUAAAUCUAUAUUUAAAUGUUACAAAACAUUGUGUAUAUAUAAACUAUUUAUACUUACUUCUACAUCAAAACAUCUGUAUGCUGAGUCAAGUUGACUGUUUGCACCUAAUGAUGUUGGAGUUUCCAAGUAAUGAUUAAGCUCAAAUAUAACCCCAUUCCAACAUACUUACCAAAACAUAAAUGAACAUGCAAAAAUAAGUGAUUUUAUGUAGGUAUAUGCCUGAAAUAAGCAAGUUGUGUGUCAGAAAAACAAACAAAGUUGUGUCUGUAGACUGAGAUAUUCAUAUGAGAGACUCAGCCACUGAGGCACUCUGGAGAGCGUUUGAUUGCUAUUGUCUUAGCAGAAGUCAUUGUGGAGCCUGUUAGAGUGCUAUUGAAACUGUCAAGUGUAGCAGAGCGCUUGCUCUAAGUGCAGCCUUUGACGACGCUGCCUAGAGAAAAUUACUCCUUUGUUUUUACUCAACCUAUCAUCAGACACUUCCUAUUGGACUUGUUGAUGAGGAGUUGUGUAUUACCAGAGUAUCUGUGUAGCUGUGAGUGUGUGUGUGUGUGUGUGUGUGUGUGUGUGUGUGUGUGUGUUAUUGCUACCUCCUCUAGCGGUUCAUUCAGUGGCUUGUAGCAGUACCAUUGCCUUCAGCACAUUAUCCAUGCCCCUGAGACAGCAGUGGAGAAAAACAAAUACUGAAACUGACACGAAUACAAAAGAAUUCAUCAAAUUAAAUAUAUAUUUAUCUCCUCGAAAUUUGAAUUAAAGGUGCAGUGUGUCGGAUAUAGUGGCAUCUAGCAAUGAGUUUACAUAGUGCAACCAAUUGAAUAUCCCCCUUCCUUCCCUAUGCAAGCGUGUAGGAGAAUGUACAGUGUCUGUCAGGUGCCAGUAGCUACAUCCAAAAUGAUGUCAUCGUCUAUGACCGCGUUGAAUAGCCAUACUAUGUCAAGUGAUGAGGAUACUUUAGAUAAAUAUUUACAAAUUGUAUUAAGUUAUUUAGUCUGUAAAACAGUAAGGUCAGGUGAAUAAGGAGAAUAAGGUCAUAGCUUCCACGCACUGUAAAUUGUGAAGUUUGGCUAUGUUAGUUGAUGGCUGACAUGAGCACUAAAGCUUUUUUGUUUAACGUCACACUUUUAUUGGAUAUAAUUGUCAACAGUUGUGGGCUGAUCUAGGUAACAUCACUGGGUCUAGUUCUAGUUUUGGUGCAUAAAUUAAAUUCAUUUAUUAUUUUUUCAACAUUGACACAGGGAAAAAGGUUACUUGUGUUGGUAACUAUGCGCAUGGUCAUGAUCUAGCUAAAGCUAUCAAACAAUAAAUUGCGUUCAGAUUGGUAGGCGGGCAACUUUGACGUCACACUGAAAACAUUUGUCCCUCAUCAGCGAUUUCCAUCGGGGAAAGGUCACACCAGUCUAUCCUUAUUUUCUGCUGUCGUUUGUGGCUAACGAAAACACGACGACUUGAAUUUCCAGGUGAUACACUAAUAUGCAUACGGUAUUCCAUUUCUGCUAAUAGAUCCCCCAAAAUCCCACACACUGCACCUUUAAAUGUCAAAACGCUGACCUACCAGAAGACCCUCCCUAGGCGUAGAAACUGUCCUUUUCAUAUUUGAGGUCUGACAUUUCUGAUCAGAUCCUCAGAUCCCAGAGGAAAUCCUGGCGUCUGGCUGGCUGAAGGCUGUUGUGUUGUCAUUACCUGAACCGAACAGCUGAAUUUAAUCUAAAAAGAUAACAUCUGUUGGAGGUGUUUUCCUGUAUUCAAACCUUCAGGAUUUUGCCCUGUCACUACACCCCACCCCCACCACCACCACCACCACCACCCCCAACCCGCUUACCAAGGGACCCUAAAUCAAUUCUUCCCUUCUCGAUUGGCAUUACAAUUCAGUAAUUGGCUGUUGUGAGGCUCUUUUAUUGCUCACAGCAGAAUAUUGACUCUUUCACAGAGGUCAGAAAUGCCCCUGGUCUUCACUGCCUUGCCAGAAAUAAGGUCUCCAUGUGCAGAUGCAGACACACACACACACACACAGGGUUCAGGAGUCAGUGUAAAACAGAUUAGUUGUGAGCACAGCAAGCACCCACUAAAAAUCUUUGAUGCUGCCCUCCACAGCAGGACCAAUGAGCCGGUGCAAUGCUGUGGCCCUGGGUCACUAUAGCACCCUCCCUUUCUCCAUGGUGCACUCCUUGUUUGUUUGUUUGUUUAUUUGUUUGCUUGCUUCAUCAAAACACCUGACCUCCCUCCCUCCUGAACCCUGCCUGCCCCCCCCCCCCCCAAACGUGUACCAACAUGUAUAAAGAAACCAACACUGUAGUUUAGCUCAUAGCAGAGCAGAAGGCAAAGGAAAUAUGUACCCUUCCUUGGAAUGUUUCCCCACACCCUUUGAUGAGGGUGUCAGAUUUGUUGACCUUCUGAAUGUAAGAUUGUAUAGAUGUCUUUAUCAGUCAGUAUCUUUAAGUAUGCACUUGACUGGACACUCUACUCAUCAAAGAGAUCUAGUCAGGAGUGAUGCAAUAAAAAAGUGUCUGUCUUACAGGUCAAAGAUGCAAUAUAGGAAUGUCUGUUUUCCAGGCGAAAGGUGAUCUUGAAAAUAAAUCUAUACGUAAGACUGACUAAUCAUUGGACUUAUAGGUUUCAUUCCACUGAUUUGACUGGGAACCCUGUCUUAAACCCUUAAACACAGAGGGAGGCUGUUGAUAGAGUCGAUAGUGUUAGAUAGAGUUGAUGGGUUUUACUUUGCAUGAGAAAGACGACUUAUUAUCAUUGCUAUAUAUCUGUAUUAUUUAUUAUUCAUAUUAAACAUGAAUCUUAUCCGCUUGCAAGUGAGAUGUAAUAAGAAAUUCUUGGUUUUCAUCACAAUUUUCAUUUUCAAUAGGAUGCCUCAACUCAUGAGGAGUAGUUUGUUUGUUUCCCGUUUGGUUCAUGUUUAUUUAUUGAUUUUGUGGCAUUUGUUUUUUUAAACAUUCAUAAACAGUUAUAAUAACAUAACAUAAUAAAUAAGUUAUAUUAUGUGUCAGCUCAUCUAACCUCUGUUUUAUAUGCUGAAUUUGUUCUAUGCUCAUCAUACCAGUAUUCCAAUUAAAACUCAUGGCCUAUGAAAGUCCUUAUAAUGUGAUGAUGAAACUAUUAUACAGUUAGGUAAAUUGUUCAUAUUGUUUAGUUUUUGAAAGAAAAAAUAAUAGUAUACACUGGAUUGAACUAAUUGGAUUGUACAUAUUUAAUUAAACUUGGUGUUUUAUACAUAUGAAGUCUGCACCCAGCUUGUGCUCAUCAUCUAUAAUGUAUAUGUGUAUGUAUAUCUAUGCUUAUGUUCAAGAGUGAGGAGAAUAUAUGCUGGCCACUGUGACAAAGUGGAAAUACCACACAUGUCAUUUUAUACCCCAAACAUGAUUCAUAUGCUGUCAUGAAAGAAAUGUCAAGAAAAUAGUUUUAUGUCCUCUGGAUGUGUUUUGUUUAAUGCUGUUCAUGUUGUUGUUUUUUUUUUUAUUUCUUCAACCGUAAUAGUCACUGCCAUGCAUUGAGAUGAUGUGCCGUUUGAUAGAUACCAUUGCUGGAGAUCAGUGAAGGAUGGCCAGAUUCAAGGGACCUGGCAGCUUGAUCAAUCUGUGUGCACUGAUCUUGUGACUUUUUAUUUUUUCUCUCUCUCUCGAAAAUUCUAGAUCAGAUGGUAUUUCCUUCUGCUGAUGUUGUGAAUUAAAUAAAUCAUUUGGAGUUCAGUUCAAUUACAUGUGACAGUAGAAGUGAUGCCUUAGCCCCCAAAACUGCUGUAGGCUUUUUGAAUGUGUUUAAGAGGAAUGUAAUUUUUCCAAAAUUCAAAAUGAUGUACUAAAAAGAAAUUCUGACAUGCUGACUUCCUCAAUAAAGCGAUCAUGCCCAACUAUAAAAAA